AUGACCCUCGACCCCCUCUACCACACCCUCUACAACCUCCCCUCGCCCUCUCAAAAACGCACCAAGCCUAUGCAAGUCCUAGCCGUAGGAAUCUCGCGCUCAGGAACCGAAUCCCUCCGCGAAGCCCUGCACAUGCUAGACAUAAACCACACCCACCACGGCUUCGACACCAUCCUGCCGCCCUCCUCCCUGCAAGCCACCUACCGGCUCCUCCAGAAGAAAUACACCGGGCCCCCGACAACCCUCACAGCCAGCGACUUCGACACCGUGCUCGGCGGCUGCGUCGGGGUCACAGACCUCAUCGCGGCGGAAUUCGCCCCAGAGCUCAUCGCCGCAUACCCGGACGCCAAAGUCAUCCUCAAUGUCCGUCGCGACCUCGACGGCUGGUAUAAAAGCAUGCAGCUGACUAUGGGGUACUUUGAUCGCAACCCUGUGGACUGGGAUUGGUGCAAGAGUUGGUUCUGUGCGGAAUUGUUCUGGAUUCGCCAGUGUAUGUGUCGGACGAUGAUGCCGAGGUUCUUUCGGGGAAGCUUUGAGUCGAAUGGGAGGUGGGUUUAUGAGAAUCAUGUGGCGGCGAUUAGGGGGUUGGGGUUGGGGGAGAGGCUGUUGGAGUGGAGUGUUGACGAUGGCUGGGAGCCGCUGUGUCGCUUUCUGGGGAAGGAGGUUCCGGAUUGUGAGUUUCCCAGUGGGAACCCGCCGAGCUGGGCGGAGAGGAUUGCCAGGACGAUGGAGGUGCAUCAUAGACGGGCGGUCCGGAAUAUGCUGGUGUUUUUGGCGGGGCUGGGGGUUGCUUUGGGGGUGUUGGGGGCUUGGUUGGUUUGUUAG